GCGGACCCGAUUUUCAUCGACCCGCGGUGGGAAGGAACGGGCAACGGAAAAACGACUGUGUUUUCACUGCGGUCACUGCGGCAGUGCCGAGGUUCAUCGUGAGCGGCGGGUGCGCGCACAGAAACGUUUUCGAACGAGCGUCAGCAACGUGUGAGGAAAUCGUCGCCCCAUCGCUAUCGCUUCGAUCGCACAAAAAACGCAGCGAAUAUGAGCGAGUUUAACGAAAUCCUCGCCAAGUGUCGUGACAAAUCUUGUCAAAAGGAUCAAGAUGAGACCCUGCUGCAACCGUUCGCGUACAUCCAGCAGAUCCCUGGAAAGCAAGUGCGCUCGAAACUGGCCCUGGCCAUAAACCACUGGCUCGCGAUCCCGGUCGAGAAGCUGGCCCCGAUCAGUGAGAUUGUGCAGAUGCUGCAUAAUUCAAGUUUGCUCAUCGACGAUAUCGAAGACAAUUCCAUUCUCCGCAGGGGCAUCCCGGUGGCGCACAAGAUCUACGGUGUGGCGAGCACCAUUAACGCGGCCAACUACGUGCUGUUUUUGGCACUGGAAAAGGUGCAGCAACUGGGGCACCCGGACGCGACCCGGGUCUACACCGAGCAGCUGCUCGAGCUGCACCGCGGCCAGGGCAUGGAGAUCUACUGGCGCGACAACUUUGCCUGUCCCACGGAAUCGGAGUACAAGCAGAUGACGAUCCGGAAGACGGGCGGUCUGUUUAUGCUGGCGAUCCGGUUGAUGCAGCUGUUCAGCGAGAACAAGAAGGACUUCAGCAAACUGGCCGCCAUCCUGGGGCUGUACUUUCAGAUACGGGACGAUUACUGCAAUCUGAGCAUGAAAGAGUACUCGGAGAACAAGAGCUACUGCGAGGACCUGACCGAGGGCAAGUUCAGCUUCCCCAUCAUACACGCGGUCCAGACGCAGAAGCACGACAAACAGGUUUUGCACAUUCUCCGACAGCGCACGCGGGACGUGGAGGUGAAACGGUACUGCAUUUCGCUGCUCGAGAAGCUGGGCAGUUUCCAGUACACGCGCGAUGUGCUGGAUUCGCUCGACCAAGAGGCCCGAAAGGAGGUGGAAAGUCUUGGACCAAAUCCAAUAAUGGAGGCAUUGCUAAACGAUUUGCUUAGCUGGAAGAAUGCCAGCGACGCGAUGGACGAAUCGAAGGAACAAUAGAGUCACGGGCCUCCCGUAGCGUGACCCGCUGGUCUUUAAAAGCAUUUAUGGAACGACGAAUGGUGCGGUUUGUGGCCAGACCAACCAAUCGAUAUUUCCUGCGCCAGAGUAUUACAAGUGGCUUUCGGGUUUCGCGACUUUGUGAGUGACAAUAAGUAGUAGAACUGUGUUCCAUUUGCGUUUACUGUAGGAUACUUUAUCUAAACCCUCUCCGGCGCGCCAAAAGGUGUCGCGAGUUGCGCGCACUCGAACGGCUGUCUGCUUUGUUGCCUCGUUCUAAUAUGCUAGAGCCCUCUAUACUCGGCGGGGUCCACGCUUUUGCAUUCCUUUCGGAGAACUUCCACUAGCGCCCCGGAAAAAUGCGAUCGAUCGCUUAAACGAAAUACCUUGCCCCUGUCCUUCACAUGUUCCAACAGCAACGCACCGCACUGCAGGACCUUUGUUUAGGAUUAGGCUUGUAAAUAUUUCUUUGCUCUUAAAGUUUGUUGUGAGAAGUCAGAACGGUAUUAAUCACUGGGCGCAAGGUGACCCCACAAAUGCACUGCGGUUUGUAGUUACUGUCUUUUUAAGUGUUUAUUUUCACUCGAUUUAUUUAAUAGGCACACUCCGCCGUGUUACGUUGGCGCACCUAGCGAAAAAUAGAUGUGGAAUGAUCUGUUAUUUUUUAACCGUGCGAGAGAAUGUUUGAUUUGGUUGAGUUUCUCCUCCGUUUGCUGUUCGAGUGGCCGCGUAUCCGAAACUGGACAACUCGCAAAGCUUUGCAUACAUGGCAAGGGGCCUUGUAGCUUGUAGAGCGAAUCGUCCCGAAUUGGAAUGGUGCAAAGGUCAUCCACUAGUCCUGCAUCCCAUCGUUUGAGCGAUCGACAAUAACGUGCUCUAGAAAGUGGUAGUAAAAUUACACAAAUGUCUUCCGGUGGAACGCACGACAGGAGGAAACAUAUCGAGGGAUUUAGUGCGCGCGAUAGAUACGCAGUUCAGCAAUGAUCUCAUGCAGCGAUCGUAACUUGCACCCUGUAACCCUGGACACUGGAGGGCUUAAAUGAGCAGAACCCGAAGAUAUCUGCAAACUUAAUAAUUAUAAAUCGAAGGUGAUUGACAAUAACGACUAGAUUUUUAAACAGAAUUCAGAUAUUAGAAGUAACUUUCUCCUCAAACCCAAAACUCUACAGCAUAUCAACGAAUAUCGAUGGGCUUUAGACGAAUUACUAGAGGCGCAAGUAGCAUAUUAAUCAACUAAUAUGAAGUGCACCAUUUCUACAUCCCCGAUAAAGGAUUCCUUUUCUUUCACGAAUUGCUUUAUGAUUUUUAUUUAGCUUUAUACUAUUAUAUUUUGUUUCCCUCUGCCCAUUGUCGGCUGAGCUCGUUUUGAUCCAUUGUUAUUUGUCUUUUGUCCUAUUCGUAGCGAUUAAAUUGGUCUACCUUUCUUUUUACUUUAUUAUGAAUUAUUGAAAGAGCUUCAACGUAUUGGCUCCUAAUUCGCUUCUUCAUUUCUCGUGUCCUUUUUACUGCUAAAAUCUCUGCUUUUCAAUCAGCACUGACUAGUGUAUAAUUUUGUUUCUACUUUCACUGGAUACCGCUCCGGUCCGUUUAUUGCCUUUUGCUUAAUCGAUAGAGCUCGCAACGCUUUGUCGCUAAAGUUGUACCGCAGCUACGUGUCUCCUUUAUACAGAACGAAUGUGAAACAUUUCGCAACACCAUUUGCAACACUUUAGUAGUAAGAACGGGAACGCUAUCUAAAAACGUAUGAUAAUUUAGACAAAUAAAUAAAUGCAAACGCUUACG